AUGAUUGCGGACUCUAGUGGUUUGACGGUGCCUUUCGCAAUUUUGUGUAUUGUUGAUUUGUUUGGUAUAUUUCCAAUAGUAGUAUUACCAGGACCUAUAAUAAAAUGUGGGUGGUUAGGAAUACCACUGGCUAUUGGUGUGUUUGCAAUUCAAGUAUACACUGCCAUUUUGUUGGGGAAAUGUUGGAUCAUAGCUGAAGAAAUUGAACCAAAUAUUGUAAAAAAAAACCGGUAUCCAUAUGCUGCUUUAGCCGAGCUUAUUUUCGGUAAUAAAGUAAAAAGCAUUGUCACAGUUAUGUUGGACGUCGCCGUAUUUGGUGCGUGCAUUCCGAACCUUCUAAUUGCUUCUUACAAUCUUCACAUUCUUGGAAUUAAACUCUCGAGUGAAAGUUUUGACGUGUCACCGUGCAUUUGGUUGAUUGUUAUUGGAAUAGUAUUGUGUCCACCUCUCUGGCUUGGGAGUCCAAAAGAUAUGAAAUGGAUUGCAUCAAGCUCUGUAUUUUUUGUGGGCUCAGUGAGUGUCUUAACAUGGAUAGCAAUGUACGAUACACAACGUGACAUUUAUGCACCAAUUCCUGAACCUUCGUGGAAUAGUGUCGCUCUGGCUUACGGAUUAUUAGCAUUUCAGUUUGACGUACAUCCUCUCGUCCUCACCGUACAGAUGGAUAUGGUUGACAAACGAAAAAUGCCUGUGGCGAUUAUUUGUGCAUUUUUAAUAACGUGUAGCUUAUUUUUAAUUACUACUGUCAUCGGAUAUGUACGAUUUGGAUCGCUCUUGAGCUCUAAUCUAUUGGACCAAUUGUCUAAUAGUUAUAUAUUGGACGUCAAUAUAACUUUAGUCACAAUUCAAAUAUGUUUAUCAACAGCAGUUAGCACCACGGCACUGUUUCAGCACAUUGAACAUUUUCUUAAAAUACCUAAAGAAUUCAAUCGAAGAAGGUGUGUAUUAAGAUCAUGUAUAGUGAUGUUGGCGGUCACGAUAGGAGAGGCUGUACCAAGAUUUGACCUAUUGAUGGGAUUAGUCGGUGCAUUGUUGACUGGUCCGUUGAUGUUCCUUUUGCCGCCAUUGUUUUACAUUAAAAUAAGAUCGCUUCGUCGACUAAAAAUAAAAAAGUCCGAAGGGGUGUGCUAUCGCACGUUUCCAAAUGCGAAACUGACUCCGAUAGUUGGUUUCAAGCGUUUAGUACUGUUGAUGUUUAUAAUAUUGGCUGGAACGUUGGCAACCAUCUUGUCGACGGUAUCCGGGAUUCGAGACACAAUUAUAUAUGCUAAGUUCACGCCUUCGUGCAUAAUGAAAUUAUUUGAAUGA